AGCACCCGUCUCGUGGUUCGACUCGAGCCUCCAUUAGAUGAAGGGGUACCUCUUGCCGUAUAGGGAACGAUGCAUCUGGAAGCCGAGAUUCUCAUGGGUAUAUAUAUAUCUCCCUCCUGGACCCCCGAUCCGUGACCUGUCCCCAGCACUCAGCAGCACCAACAAACAUAUCAGAGCAAUCACACCCACAACUACCAAGCAAAACGCAAUAGCAAGCAACAAAACCGUCCAGGGCAUUCAAAAUGGCUACCGAAAUGCUCAUGCACUCCCCCAUUGCCGUGGUUUCGUGGGCCAAGAACCGCCUGGACUUAUUCGGCAUCGGAACCGACAAACAAAUGUUCCAUAAGGCAUGGAACGGCACCAGAUGGAGUGCCAACUGGGAACCCCUCGGCGGUGUCUUCACUAGCCAUCCCGCGGUAGCCUCGUGGGGCCCCAACCGCAUCGAUGUCUUCGGCCUCGGAACCGAUAAGCAGAUGUUUCACAAGUGGUGGGACGGCAGCAAGUGGAGCUCUGGCUGGGAAGGCCUGGGUGGUGUCUUUACUAGCCAGCCGGCCGUCGUCGCCUGGGGCGAGAACAGGCUGGAUAUCUUCGGCCUCGGCACUGACAGCCAGAUGUUCCACAAGGCAUGGGACGGCAACAAGUGGAGCGCCGGCUGGGAACCCCUCGGUGGCAUCUUCACCAGUCCCCCAGCCGUCGUAGCUUGGGGCGAGAACCGGCUCGACAUCUUCGGCCUGGGAACCGACCAUCAGAUGUUCCACAAGGCAUGGGACGGCAGCAAGUGGAGCUCUGGCUGGGAACCCCUCGGUGGUGUUUUCUCCAGCCUCCCGGCCGUAUGCUCCUGGGGCGCCAACCGCCUCGAUAUUUUUGGUCUUGGGACCGACAGCCAGAUGUUCCACAAAGCAUGGGACGGCAGCAAGUGGAGCGCCGGUUGGGAGCCUCUCGGUGGCGUCUUCACGAGCGCUCCCGCUGUGGUGUCUUGGGCCUCCAACCGGAUCGACAUCUUUGGCCUCGGGACGGACCACCAAAUGUACCACAAGGCAUGGGCUGGUGGAUGGCAUCCCUCUGUCAAGGACUGGGAGGCAUUGGGCGGCAAGUUCAACAGCGCCCCGGUGGUUGUGGCUUGGGGUGACCAGCGCUUGGAUGUCUUUGGGCUGGGGACUGACAACUCGCUGUUUCACAAGGCAUGGGCUGGGGCAUGGCAUCCUUCCGCAACUGGUUGGGAGGCCCAGGGAGGAGUCUUCAUUGGCUAG